AUGAAGACUUAUAACAGCCCUCUAUUUCUGCCAAGAGUUUUCUCUCAAAUCAAAAGCUCUAAAAUUUGUACAGGCUCUGGCGGUGAGAUUUCACAGCGACAAGAAACACCCACGCUUCAUGUCAAGAAGUUCGACGAAGACAAUGCAGAUAUCAAAAUUUUAUGUUUACCGAGCGUGAAAGACCAACAGCAAGUUAAAGGCUUUUCACAUCCGUGGAUCAAUCUCAUCACUAUAAAACUUGUGACUCCCCUCAGUCUGACCACUCGGAGGGUCAAUUAUCAACCAUCAGCUUUUGGUUCUACAGUAAACCAUAGUUUCGUUGUCGAAAAUAUCUCCAAAAAUAUGGCUUUGCUGUCGUCAUCAGGUGGCGUGUUGACGACAGUUUCAUAA